CUAUAAAUACCAUUCCUCUGCUUUCUCUGUUUCCACAUCCUCAAUUCAUCCCCAAAAAAAAAAAAAAGAAAAAAAAAGAACAAUCUCCUUUUCAAAUCCCAUAAUUCUCCAUUAAAUUCGCGACGAUAUGAGAAACAUGAUCUCAGCCUUCUCGCCGAUAAAUUCGCCGGAGCCGAUGGCAGUAUCGCAGCGGACGCCGUGGCACUCGCCGGUGCCGUACUUGUUCGGGGGGCUGGCGGCGAUGCUGGGUUUAAUCGCGUUUGCGCUGCUGAUUCUGGCUUGCUCCUACUGGAAGCUGUCGGUUCAAUCAGACGAAAGAGAGGGACAGGAGAGAGAUUUAGAGAGCGGACAAAGUGCCCAAAACGAGGACGAGAAAAUUAAGGAGCAACAAACGAAGAAGGUUUAUGAAGAGAAGAUUCUUGUGAUUAUGGCCGGAGACCAAAAUCCCACUUUCUUGGCGACGCCGGUGACCACUCCCAAAUCUUCUUCCAUUUCUCAAUUACAAUCUAAUGUUUCUAAUGGUAAGAUUCAUAGUUGUGUUGAAAAUGGCAUGGAUGGUAAUUCUCAGAAAAAUAAGGAAAUGGGUCAUCCUCAAAUUGAACAAGAUGAGCACAAAGAAGAAGAAGAAGAAGCUGACUGAAGUAUUAAAAAUUCUCUUUCUUUUUCUUUCUUUUUGUUUUGGUUGUUUGUUUUUUUCAAAAAAAAAAAACCAAAUUUUCCAAUUUUGGAUAUGGAUCGAGAGUUUUGCUUUUUUCUAUGUAAUUUUGUUUUUGAUGUAACGAGAAAUGUAAAUUUUAGAGAGAGAAAAAUGAGAGUGAGAUAAUAAUAUUUGUGAUAAAGUUUUGUUGAA